UAUAAAUAGUCCAAAGUUCAAACGGAAGUAGUAAAUAAAUUGAAGAAAAAUUCAAAUUUAUUAAGUUGAUUUACAAAUUUUGUUAAUCACCCCCCAAUUAUUUAAUUUUUUUUAUAAAAAAUUAGAUGAAAUGACAAAAUUUCCAUUUGUAAUAUGAAAUUGCAAAAUUAUCCCUCUUUUAUUGGCUAAAAAUGACAAACUACUCUCUUUAUUGGCUAAAAUGACAAAAUUACCCCUAAUUUACAAUUUAGGCUUAUACACUGGAUGCUCCUCCCAGUUCUUCUCAACAUCUUCAUCCUCCUCCAGACUCUAAAACCCUGCACCCUUAAACCCUCUCAAAGAGUCAAAGAGAGAAAAAAAAGAGAAAUUUUUGCAUACUUUCAUUCAAAGAUGUCAAUGAAAUUAAUCCAAAAAAUCAAACCAACCAAAAAAUUUCAUGAAAUUUCUUACAAUAUCCUCAAUUCAUCAAAUACCCACCAAAAUCGUCAAAUGACAACAAGCAAAAGAGUACAAGACAGGAGCAAGAAGAAGCGAGUUCACGACCUUGAAAUUGUCACAGAAAGAUGGAAAAUUUUCUCCAAAAUCCACCAUUUAAUGGAGGUAAUCAAAUCUGAACCUGAGCAUGUAAUUUCAAUUCGAUAUCUUGAACAAGAACGUCGUCAAAUUAACCUCCCUAAACCUCAUAAAUUAUCUGAUUUUCUUCGAAAAUCGCCGAAAUUGUUUGAUUUGUAUAAGGAUAGAAAAGGGACUUUGUGGGUUGGAAUGACCCCAGAAGCUGAGGAUUUGCUUGAGGAAGAGGAGAGAGAAAUUGAAGCACAUAGUGAUAAAUUAGCUGAGUAUGUUACUAGGAUUUUGAUGAUGUCGAUUGAUAAGCGAAUUCGGGUUGAUAAGAUUGCUCAUUUUAGGAGGGAUUUUGGGUUGCCAUUUGAUUUUAGGAACAAUUGGGUGCAUAAGUAUCCUGAUCUUUUUAGGUUAGUUAAGGUUGAGGCAAAUGAUGGGGGUGUUGAUCAUGAGUUUUUGGAAUUGGUAAAUUGGAAAAAUGAGUGGGCAAUUACUGAAUUGGAGAAAAGAGGGAAAAAUUUUAGUGGGGAUGAGUUGAAUUUGCAUUCUCCAGGGAAGCUUUCAUUGGCAUUUCCAAUGAAGUUUCCGCCGAAUUUUAAGAAGUUGUUUAGGUUUGGUGGAACAUUAGAGCAUUUUCAGAAGAGGGAAUAUUUAUCCCCUUAUGCUGAUGCUCGAGGGCUAGCAGCCGGAUCACAAGAAUUUGAUAAACGAGCAGUUGCGGUUAUGCAUGAAUUGCUUAGUUUUACACUUGAGAAGAGGCUGGUUACUGACCAUUUAACUCAUUUUCGACGUGAGCUUGUGAUACCACAGAAGUUGAUGAGGUUGUUGUUGAAGCAUUUUGGUAUAUUUUAUGUUUCAGAGAGAGGGAAGCGGUUUCAUGUGUUUUUGAAUGAGGCAUAUAAUGGGCCGGAGUUGAUUGAGAAAUGCCCCUUGGUUCUUUGGAAGGAAAAGGUUAUGAAUCUGAUUGGUUAUAGAGGGAAGAAGAAGAAGGCUGCCUCUUUCGACGAAUUUUCUGAUAUUGAGGAUGAAAACUUGUUCAAGAGUGAUUCUGAUGAUGAGAGACUCCAAGUGAACUUAGAGCAAGAGAGUACAUUGGAUGGUUUAGAUGAUGAUGUGCUUGCAAAUGAUGCUGAGAUGGAUAUUGAGGAAGUUUCUAGUGCUUAUAAGGAUGCUUAACCAUAAUCCUGUCAUUAUUUACAAUGGAUGCUUCUCGGCUGCAUGCCUAACAUUACUAAAAGAUGGCAUGGAUGGUUUAUAAAGUUGUUUUCUAUGCAGUAUUCAAUUCCAUGAAUUUCACGGCCAUAGACAAAUUGGCAAAACCUAGCAGCAGCAUUAGCCAUCAGGAACCAUGUGUAUGCCGUUGCCCUCAAUGUUGAUGUUUGAACCACCAGAUUUGGAGUUAAUUUCAAGCAGAAGAUCAGAGUAUGAAGGCUUUAGACAUUGCUCCUGAGGACUGAGACAACUAUCAGCAGGCCUAGCACCAGAGAAAGAUGAGUAAACUUUGCCCCUUUCCUUGUCGCAUCACGAUUUCCGAAUUAACCAACACCAGCAGAGGCCGUAGUCACAAUUUGCUCUGCUUUCUUGUUAAACAUUAAUCAUUGUAAACAACUUUUACGUGAAAUUUUUCUCAUUCAAUCAAAAGAACCUAUGUAAUUCUCUGUGUGAUAGCAAAUUUGAACUAAUUUUAAGGCAUCAAUAAGUUUUAAUAGCCCAUGAAAAACGGGUCAGAUACAUGGGCUGGUCUGAA